AUGGGACAACAGAUCAGACUUGGUGCGUACAACGUGGAGGACGAUGCGGCAUAUGCCUAUGCCGCGGCUGCGUACGUGAUCCGGCGCAAGGAUCACAUCCCGCACAUGAAGGUGCUGACUGAUACAGAGAUGGCAGCGCUGGAUGGGUGUGUCAGAUCGGACGUGAGGCACCUUGUGAAGGCUCGUCUGUGGUGGAGGUGGCGUCAGUGGAGGACAGCAAUGGCAGAAGUGGGCAUUGCACCCGGGACUCCAUUCCCUCUCGAAAAUGGAGGUUCCCGCUCGCCUCCUAUCAGAAUUGGUGAUGACGAAGGGGAGUACCCGCUGACACUGAAGGAUGAUGCAUCUGACGAGGAGAUGCAAGAGCCAGAGCUGGGCACGUCCGACAGUAGCUCGUCAACCGCACGGUCCAGCCGGCAGGACGAGGAGGAUGCUGUGGAAGGGGAGUCGUCGCGCCGCCGGCGCAAACGCAACGUUAACGAAGUCCUCCAGGGGUCCGCACGCCAAGAAUGCGAACCCGAAGCACCGCCAGCUGCAUCUUCGGAUGACAAUCCCAAUGAGGCCCUCCCGAGGCUCAACCCCGUGCAGAGCGAUGACGAAGAUGCUGCGGAAGCCGAGGACGAAGAAGAAGCAGGCGCGGAUGAGGAGGACGCUGGCGCGGAAAGUUGGCCGGAUGAAACUCCGGUGACAGGAGGAGAUGGCUAG